CCAGGCUGGCGGCCUGUCUGUACCCAGGCUGGCGGCCUGUCUGUACCCAGGCUGGCGGCCUGUCUGUACCCAGGCUGGCGGUCUGUCUGUACCCAGGCUGGUGGUUUGUCUCCAGAAGACUAGGGGCCCCCUUAAUUAUGAGCUUACAUUUUUCGUUUUCUCGUCCAUUUUUUGUAUUUAUAGGGCUAAAACAUUGAAUCUCUCACCGCUUCCUUUACAUGCAGAGAAGCUGUGGGGCUGCAGGAGAGUAAAUGCUUCCUUUAACUGCUCCUCUCCUGGGCAGUAAACCAGACUGCAGGCUGCUCUCCGCACGUCGCUGGCUGGCAGCCCGGCUGCCUGUCUAAGGUUGUGUUUCUGCGUGUUUCAGAGCCACUGUGUGGAGAGAGGGUUCCAGAUGAAGGCAGGAAACAGAAUGCUCUCAUAUUGCCCAGGGGACCGGCAGGCAGGGGAAUCGGCUUGUAAACAACAGCAAACAGUUUAGAGCAAUAUCGGCCCUUUCAGGAGCCAUCGCAAACAACACUGCCAUCGUUCAAGUUAGCCAUGGAUUGUAUACUGAAAAAACAGAGUACAAAAAGGCAAUUGGUUAAUUUCAAUGAAAGUUGUGAUUGUAUUUUCAUUUUAAUUCUGUUCAAGGACCCAGCACCACCACAGUGUGUAAUUGAAAAUCCCAUCAUGUAUUUGAAUUUCAUUUCACUGUUAUCAUCUUUAUUAAUCUGCGUAACCAUGUUAUUGAGGUCUAGAUUGUGUGAAAAGACUGCAGUUUGUAGAGUUAUGAAAUAGGGGUGUUAAUAUCUUAUAUGUUUAAACGUGGAGAGAUUUGCCUAAAUGUUGAACCGUUGUUAAAAAUAUGCAGGUCCGAUUAGGUGCCAGCCUUAGUGCUUACAUAGUAGUAAGUGUUCCGUGUGAGCCAUUUCAUGCUGAGUAUGUGUUCAACGUCUACCAGAUGCAAUGAAAUGCUAUACACAGCUCUAUUAAAUACAGGUAGUGAACAAAAAAAUGGAAACACCAAUGUAAAGUCACUUAAUAGGGUGUUGGGCCACUAUGGUAUCCCGCUCUGUGGAGUUCUCGGUGGACCGUUUUUGAUGAAACUGGCUGCACGCGCCCCAGGUUGAAAUUUACAGUCAAUUGAUCUGCAGUUGCUCGUCUGUUUUGCCUUGCACUUCGAAUUAAUGCACAGAUAUCACGAUCCUGGAGUAUGCGCUUCCGCCCACUGUUGCCCUUUGCUGAUGAUGUCUUUCCCUCGGAGUUCCAUGCCGACAUCACUUUAGACACCGUUGCUCGUGAAACAUCAGCAAGUUGACUUGUCUUGGUCACUGAAGCUCCUGCCAAACGCACCCCAACAAUCACCCCUCUUUCAAAGUCACUGAGGUCUCCUCUUGCAGCCAUGCUAGCCAUAAUUAUAGGCAACCAGGCCUGUCCAGCAUUUUUAUACAUGACCCUAAGCAUGCUGGGAUAUUAUUUGCUUAAUUAACGCAUGAGCCACACCUGUGUGGAAGCCCUUGCUUUCAAUAUACUUGGUGUCCCUCAUUUACCCAGGUGUUUCCAUUUCUUUGUUCACUACCUGUACAUGUUUCAGUAAAGUCUCCAGAAGUGAUGGCGAUUCUUAUGCUGGCUUGCCUGACUGGGUACACGCAUUUCCCAUAGAGGAUUCAACAUGUCAUGCUAAAGUGUUAAUGUUUAAAAAUAAACAGGACUUACAGUAACAUGCUGUAAUGCAGCUGUGCUUGAUAGAGCAGUAGCUUGGUGAACACAGAGAGGUUCCUAAUUGUCUCUGUAGAAGCAUGUGGAAGCUGCAGUGGAGUCUCAGUGGAGCAGCCCGAGGCCGUGCUCAGGGAGGUGGGUGCGUUUCAGAGGGGCUGCUCCCUGUGUCUGAAGGGGCAGCUUGCUGGGGUGCUGCACACAGCCCGCACUGUUCACACUGUGGCUGUUCUCAGGACAGUAGCGCCUUUGAGACGGCAGGCUGCUUUAAUUCAGAAAAUGUCAAAGGCUUGUCUGUUUUCCAAAGAGCUGAUUUUUUUUCCACAGGGUGUUAUUUAUCUGUUAGAAACACAUUGGCCUGGUGCAGCCCCUCUGAGCUGGCAAAUAGGCAGGUUUGUUUUUGUCUACCUCCCUAACUCAGAAGCCACUGGCUGUCCUGGAAAUGCAUGCUGAUAUGUCCCUGAUGAAUUCAAUACAGUGAAACUGCAGGUCGUGGUUGAUGAAAUGUAUACUCUUCAUCCAAGGCUGUCAGAGCCCUGCAGUACAGCUUGUGAUUCUGCAGUACAGCUUGUGUUUGAUUAGCCUAAAUGGAUGUCUCAAGCUGUAUUUAUAAGGCUAAUGAGUUUGGGCAUUGGGUUUGUCACAGGGUGUUUGUUAUUGAAGACGCUGUGUGUGCAGGUUAUUCUUUUUAGUGCCGUUAACCAUGACAAAUAUGGCAUUAUCCCAGGAUUAUAGGCUUGCUUGCUUGUUCCUGUGUGUAGUUACAAGCAGCUGCUCUGAACCUGAAUGUAGUCUUGGUCAUUUAAUUAUGGAGAGCAAGACUACAUCCCCCAGAAUGCCUCUGUGGUCAGUUUCCAAAUGCGGCAGACCUGUCUGUAAUCAAGCGGACAUGUCUGAGUGCUACGAUUCAUAGGUUGCUCCGGUGACGACGGAAAAGGUUUGAAACGUGGAAGUAUGUGUGUGGAAUGCAUUUCCUCUCUGCUCUUUGCAACGUUGUUUUGAUGAAUCAGUAAAAGCCUUUGCCGUCUGAUUUAGUAGCUAGGGGUUGUUUAAAGGUUAAGUUGGCGCUCCAGCACGGAGUCAGGCUUUGGGUUGGUUGUUAUGUUUUAUUUUGUGUACGGCUAACCUUCUGAGAAGGAGCCCUGCUAGAAAAAUAAGCAUGCAGGUACCAUCCUGUUUAAACCAGUGUCGCUUACAUGAAAGACAGUGUCAGAGAUCCUGGGAAGAGUAACCAGACACAAGGAGAGACCCCGCUGCUUCAGCUGAAGAAGGACUGGUAGUCCGAAACAUGUAUACAACCAGGUCCGUAAGGUGCAUACAACCAGGUCUGUAAGGUGCAUACAACCAGGUCUGUAAGGUGCAUCAGAGGGGCGUUGAGGCUAAGGCCUGUGGGGCCAGGCCUACAUAAAAAAGGUAUUGUGAUACUUGAUAAGUAUAUGUGUUGUGUUACCGGUAAAUGGCUUAGCCGUCCAGUUUUUCGUAGCUAGGACUUAAUAGAAGACUGUUUUCUAAAGUACCUCUGCUCCUGUCCUUCUCUUUUUUUGUAAGUCAUGCCCUGUCGUAUGUGAUAGCAGCUGAACAAUGGUCAUGUAAGGGUCAGUCUUCUUCAGGUAACUUCAGUCAAAAGAGUUUAUUCAGGAACAAAGUAAAUCAAGUGUGAUACAUGCCCUUGAUACACCAAAAUUUUCUGAUAGGAGCUGGAGUUCUGGGAUUGCGUAUGCGUCAUUUAAGCAGAAGUAUAAAGUUUGAUGUUGGUUUUAUCAGACAGGCUUGCAGUCUUUCAAUAGAAACGUUAUAAUCUAGAUGAGGAAACAGCUGUUGAAGCGAUAGCAUCUUGUGACAGAGCUGCACGAAGACCACGUUUAUUUAAAUGUAACCAAAGAAGCUACAUUAUAUACAUUUAUAUUGUCUACCCGAAGCCAUAAUUGUAGUAUGUCAGAUUUUGAAAUGUCGCAUUUUUUUCAGUUUUUGUCAGUUUUUCGUUAAGUAUAUGAAAAACUACAAAGCGGUAUGUAGUUCAUGAUGUUAACGUGACUUUAUUGAGCAGAGCUGAAGACCCUCUAAACUCCUACAAGGUGGUCUUUGAAAGGGUGAGCUCCUGACCCUGUCGCUGAGUUGAGUCGUGGCCUCCCUAUUUCAGCUUCUGAUGUUUGCAAUCGUUCCCCGUGGUUCUGAUUCCUAACACUCAGCUUCAUUGUAUGUGGAUUUGAGCUGAAUAGACAUCACUUUGUGGAAUGCUAAGAAUGUCUCUCCAUUGUGUUCAUUGUAGACAAAGUCACAUGAGUGUGAAUGAUUGCAGAUAACCUCACAAGGUAAAAUAGCCUUUCGAAAGCACUCAAGUUGCAAUACAACUAUGUUUUUGGUGAGAUAUUAAAUUAAACAAGAUUUACAUUGGCCUCUUUUAUUUCAAGUGAAUGUAAUUUCAAGUAUUUAGUGAAUUCACAACCCCAAGUAGAUGGGAUGUUUCCUUUGAUUUUGAAGGUGGCACCAACUGCAACGGGUUGUAAAGAGAAGCCCGCUGCAGGCAAUCACCAUCGCUGCAUUCUUUCAUGAGCUGCAAAUAGACUAGCGUUCUGCUCCAGCAACUCGAUUGCCAACAGUGUGGUCAAGAAAUUGGCCAGUCUCGUUCUGGUAUUAGAAUCUGUAUUAGCUGUUCGCCUUUCACCUGUUCACAUGAUUCCAGGAAUGUUUUACGUUUUGCAUUUAAAAAACAAAAACUAUUUAAAGGCUUCCAACACUUUGCUCUGGAUUCACGUAGAGAGUUUCGAGUUUCUCACAGGAUGAACAAACAGAAUGGAAUCUGUUAAGCAUCCCCCCCCCCAGCGUGUGUGACCUGCAUUCUUUGGGCGCUAAAUCUAAGUAGGAGAUACACAGGUCCUGAUGCGCAGGCGAAUGUUUUAGUGCGGUUGUCCAAAAACACCCCUUCUAACUUGCUGUUGAAAAUGUUGUACCGGCUCUACUGGUGUAUAAAGAAAGGCUGUAUAAUGAUGAGUGAGAAGUGACCAUCUCCCAGGACAAGGAGCCCAUUAAGAACUGGUCCUUGCACUCUGAAGGAAGGUGAAAGGUGUUGAAUUAGAUACAGAUGGAGUGCUUCUCUCGUCUUCCUCUGUGAUGCGUCUAUUUUGGGAGAAACCCGAGUCUUUGUUGGCUGCGCAGACACACAAGAAGCAGCUUCCUUUCUCUGAGCUGCCCUGUUGCCCUUCCUGCUCCUGCUGUCACGUCCUGCUGCUGGGGCAGGUUCUGAGUGUCCUCUGCAAGCUCUCCUUGUGUAUCUAGGGGAAGGUAAAGCAAAUCUUUCCUUGGCCACAGUCUGUUUCAUGUUGUACUGAUACUGAUACUUUUUGUAUGGUUUUCUUCUUUUUACCUUCCUGACUAGAGAAAUGCAUGCAAGCACCUUGUGGAGCGCACUGCUCCAACUGGAACCCCAGAGCCGGCAGGUGUUGCUUUCCCUUGGGAUGAUGCUGCAUGUCUUUGAUUUGAGUUCCUUUCAAGGAAGCCAAGGCCGGGCGUACCUCUUCAACGCUGUAGUGAAUGUGGGCUGCGGCCCUGCGGAGGAGCGAGUCCUGCUCACCGGCCUGCACGCCGUGGCGGAUAUCUAUUGUGAAAACUGCAAGACCACCCUGGGCUGGAAAUAUGAGCAUGCGUUUGAGACCAGUCAGAAGUACAAGGAGGGAAAGUUCAUCAUCGAGCUGGCACACAUGAUCAAGGACAACGGCUGGGACUGAGCACAGUGUGGUUUGGCAUGCAGCAGGGGGGGUGGCCCUGGGUCCCCCCUCUGCCCCCCUACCACCUGCUUGUUGCAAAGUGAGAGAAGGGCUGGAGCUGGACUGAGGGGGCUUCUCUGUGCGUCUCCCUCUCUGGUCGUGUGCACUCCUUUUCACCCGCUCCCCCCAUGCAUCCAUUCUGUGGACUCUAGACUUGACUGCUAGAGACCUCUUCUUGUGUGCUUGGGGGUGGGUGGGGAGUAUUGGAGAAAUGUCUCAGACAGUGCGCUUGCUCUGCAGUGGUAGGGGUACCUGACGGUGAUCCUUGCUGGUUGGUCUCCGAGGAGGAGGGAGGGGGUGUUGACCCAAAAUGUGCUGACCAGGCUGCUGUAGUAGCCACUUCCAAGCAACUGGCCAGUUGUCACUGAGAUAAUGACCAAAGAUUGUGCUGGAAUGAGUCUCAACCCCAGUACAGGGGCUGGCGGUGUUUGCAGGGAAAUCUCCCCCAGCAAGUUGACUUGUGUAAACAUCCAGAUACAGAGAAAGCCUUAAAGAACCUUGACGAUGCUGCUGCCAGGUCCCUCCUUAGUGCUGGGGUGUUCCCUGCAUGCAGAGAGUGUCUGAUGUGUCACAAGCCAUGUGGGUUUGGGCUCAAGGAAUGGGCAUGACCCCCCUUUUGACCGAAUCCCCAAGGAAAGUCUGGUAGCUUGAGGCACAGCACAACCAAAGACCAUUCACCCCACAGCCCACCCGACCACAAAACUCGGGACGUCUCACUCACCUGUUUGGUGGGGCAAGGCAAACCAACCAAUGUUAUGACUGGUGGAAAGCCAUUUUGGGGGACACCCCCCCUCUCCUCCUUUUUGUGGAGUUAUAUGAAUGCAUUGUGCCUGCUUUUGCAGAAACUCGAGAUGUUAAUCUAUCUCUCUACCUGUGUGGUCUUUGCGUAUUACGUUGUAAUAUAUGACGGCGAGUCAUUGUAAAUGUAGCUGGUGCUCAUUCUUGUUGUCGAAUACGUUUUGUUAUGGUGUCUCAUGUUGUUAAUGCAAACCUGUCUCAUUUGUUUGGAAGGCUGUGCUGUCUGCCUCGUCCCUUAUUACUAAAAGCGCUUUGUCGUGCUGGUUGUUUACAAAUGAAAGUGCUUCAUUGGGCGGUUCCUUUUUAUUUUACAUAAGAAGGCUGUCAUCAGUUGAAACGUGAGAAAUGAAAACUUUUAAAUCCAAAGACCUGCUGA